GAGGAGGGAUGCGGACGGGGGAAGAUGGCGGCAGCGUCGUCGAACAACCCGCGGAAAUUCAGCGAGAAGAUCGCGCUGCACAACCAGAAGCAGGCCGAGGAGACGGCGGCUUUCGAGGAGGUCAUGAAAGACCUCAGCCUGACGCGCGCCCACCGGUUACAGCUGCAGAAAACCCAGUAUUUGCAGUUGGGGCAGACCCGUGGCCAGUACUAUGGAGGAUCCUUGCCAAACGUCAAUCAGAUUGGCAGCAGUGCGAUGGACAUGUCCUUCCAGACUCCCUUUCAGCCAUCUGGGUUGGACACCAGUAGGACAACUCGACACCAUGGGCUGGUAGACAGGGUAUAUCGUGAUAGGAAUCGCCUUGGCUCACCACACCGGCGCCCUCUCUCUGUGGAUAAACAUGGCAGACAGGUGGACAGCUGUCCAUAUGGUACUGUCUAUCUGUCUCCUCCUUCAGAUACAAGCUGGAGAAGGACCAAUUCUGAUUCUGCCCUACACCAGAGCACAAUGACCCCCACUCAGACAGAGCCUUUCUCAGCUGGGUCACAGGAUAUGCAGCAAAAAAGAGUCUUAUUACUGACGGUUCCAGGCAUGGAGGAAGAUGCAUCAGAGACAGAGAAAAAUCUUUCAAAACAAGGAUGGGAUGCUAAGAAGACAGGAUCCUCAAGGCCUAAAUCUUGUGAAGUUCCAGGAAUCAACAUCUUUCCAUCAGCUGACCAAGAAAACACUACUGCCCUUAUCCCUGCGGCUCACAACACCGGGGGCUCACUGCCAGACCUGACAAAUAUCCACUUCCCCUCUCCUCUCCCAACACCGCUAGACCCAGAAGAGUCCACUUUUCCCUCCUUGAGCAGUUCCAACAGCACCGGGAACCUCACUGCCAAUCUGACGCACAUGGGGAUCAGCACAGCCAAUCAGGGAAUGACAACAACGUCAGCCUCUUCCCAGCAACACCGGCAGCCAACCGUCAGUCCCCUCUCACUGAACACAGAUUCAAGGAGAAGCCAAUCCCAGCAAGUGUCUCCUACGCUUUCACCUCUUUCACCAAUUACUCAGGCUGUGGCGUUGGAUGCGCUCUCCAUGGAACAGCAGCUUCCCCCCUACCCGUUCUUCACCCAGACAAGCGCGCAGCAGCAGCAGCAGCCACAGACCCAAGUGGCGAGUGCUCUACCACCCAACGCUUCUCUGAUGCAGACCUCGGGCUUGCAGAGAGGCGUUCAGCUCCCCCCGCUCUCAGUCUCUAUCCCUUCCACGAUCCCACAGUCUCCUCCGGGCAGCCAAACCCAGACUUCGAUGGGGAUAGACAUCAAUUCGGGCUCACUCCAGCAGUACCGCAGCAAUGCUGGCUCCCCAGCCAACCAGUCUCCCACUUCUCCUGUCUCCAAUCAAGCUUUUUCUCCUGGCAGCUCCCCUCAACAAACAUCUAUCCUAGGGAGUGUCUUUGGUGACUCUUGUUAUGAUCAGCAGAUGACUGCCAGGCAAGCAAAUGCUUUAUCCCAUCAGGAUUCCUUCCUUCAGCUCGAGCAGUUCAACAUGAUUGAAAACGCCAUCAGCUCCAAUAGCUUGUACAGCCCCUGCUCUACCCUCAACUACUCCCAGGCAGCCAUGAUGGGGCUGACCGGGAGCCACGGGAGUCUCCAGGACCCACAGCAGCUCAGUUACACCAGCCACGGGAACAUCCCAAAUAUCAUCCUUACAGUGACGGGGGAAUCGCCUCCCAGUCUGUCGAAAGACCUCACCAGCUCUUUGGCCGGGGUGGGGGAUGUCGGCUUUGACUCAGAUUCCCAGUUCCCUCUGGACGAACUAAAAAUCGACCCCUUGACCUUGGAUGGGCUUCACAUGCUCAACGACCCCGACAUGGUUCUUGCGGAUCCUGCCACAGAGGACACUUUCCGGAUGGACCGGCUGUAGUGGGGGUGGAGAACGGGAAAAGGGGUGUGCCGUGCGGUCCAAAGGAGCGCAUCCAAAUCAUCCAAGUCCCGGAAAGUCUAUGCCACUCUGGUGCUCGGAGGGAGAUCGGGCCGAGCCCGUCUCGGAUCUCUUGCAUCCCAUCAGGGUCCCUGGAGAGCCGCAGCUCCACUGUGUGUCCAAUUUAGCAAUCGCUUGUUCUACACUUGCCCCGGCGGCUGUCCUGCUCUCCUCUCCUUCCCCAGCACCAACUUAAAACCUUGGUUCAUGCCUUGCUGUUGGGAGAACGUUCCUCAAAAGAGCUGUCUCUUCUACCCCAGGCCUUCCUUAUCUCCCCUCCCUCUAUCACCAAAGUUCCAGCAUUUUGGGUCCUCUUUUGUCCUUGGCCCUAAAUUAAAAGCUUUGGGCUUUGUGUUGGGGAAGUGGAGUGGCAGCGAAAGUUAUAUUCCCCACCCCCCACCCCACCCCUUCCUCCUCUUUCCGAGGCAGAGGAGCUAUUCAGAAGAUAAAAUAGGUGUAUCGUUUUGUUUUCCUGUGUACGUAAACUAUCCAACCUUCGGCUUCUGUUACAAAAACAGACACCCUGCAUGGAACCGAGGGCUUCCCCCUCCCCGCCCCCCACCCCGGGGGAGUUAGGGGACCGCUUGAUGAUAAUUGGGCGUUGCGGGCGGGGGAAGAGAAGGACGCGAUUGCUAAAGCUACUUUGUGAAUACCACUGCCUUUCCACGGAGAAGGACUGGACUCGGAGAGCGGAGAAAGCCAGCUGUGGCUCUCCGAAUAAACUCCGUAAAGCAACCGCUUGCAUUGGGAAGUGGGGUGGGCUGGGCUGGGGGGAAGAGUGGCUUGCAAUUCUCUGCUUGAUUUUCCAAUCCUUGACUGUUUUCUGGAAUCCCAUCAUGGCCUGUUAGCUCAUUUGCCUGUGUGCAUGCAGCAGCUUUCAGAAACAGCUGCCUGAGCGCCACCACCACCACCCCCGUUUGGGAGAUUUCGUUGCAUGAGCCACAUAAUUCCUCUCGGCGAACUGACCGUGUAAAACUUGUUCUUCUUUUUUUUUUUCCUUUUUCUUUUUCUUUUUUGUUGUUGUCGUUGUUCCUUCAAAAGAAUUUUCAGGGAGAGGCAAGGCAAGCCGAGGGAGGAAAAGAAGGCACAAACAAGCGUUUUUCUAAUUAUACAUGGAAAUUCUGCAAUUUGUCUGAAGGAAUGAGAUCUGGGUCGUCUCCUGCAGGUUGUCAGGUUUUUUUUAAAUAACGUUUUUUAGGGCAGCAAUCUCUCUCCCCUUCCUUCCCCCACUGCCCUUCCCCCCACUUGCUUGGGAAGAAGUAGUUCUUGUUCUGCAUAUAUAUUUUUUUUUAAAAAAAAAACACCCCACCUUUCUCUGGUACAUGAAAUAAUCUUCCCUCUGACCAAAACAGGGUCUGGUUAUUAUCUUUGUGCUCCAAACUGAUCAGAUGGAAAUCCUUUAAAGCGGCUUCCCCCCAUACAAGGAGGCCCUGACACGUUCAGGUCAGGGCAUCCAACAGGCUAACCAAUCUGAGAUGCCUGGAUUCAGUGGCCCAUAAACCAAGGAGUCUCCAAACUUGGCAACUUUUAGCGACUUGUGAACUUCAACUCCCAGAAUUCCUGAGCCAGCAUAGGGUCUCCUGCUUGGGCAGCGGGUUGGAUUAGAUGACCUCCAGGGUUUUUUCCAACUCUGUUAUUCUCUAGCUUCGCAGGACCUUCUUUCUGGCCAAAGCUGGAGGGUCGGUUCCCAGACUGAACAUAUGCCUCUUACUAUUUGUUUCUUACCCUGUUUUCAAACUCUUACCCUUCUCCUCUCCCAAUGAAUUAUAGCUAGAUCUUUGUGUGUGUGUAUACACACACACACACACACACACGUGUGCAGGUAGCAGGGAUAUUAUCCAUUCUGAGUACGUGUUCGGUUAUGUUUUGUUUGGGCCAUGGUCAGUUUAUAAUUUUUGCACUAAAAAAGAUGGAUUUUUUUUUUAAGUGUUGUAGGUUCUUUGUGUCAUGUUUUUUGCUUUGAUGUGUUCCUCUCCCCUUUCCCUCCACCCCAUCUUCUAAAUUCCGAAAAAAUGCUGUCUCCAUUUCAUAACCCUUGUCAGUAUUUUAGUUCAGCCGCCUCUAAUACACCCGGGGGGGUCUGCGUAUUUCAAAUUUUCCAUGGCUGUUUCUCAGAGGAAAUCCAUCCAAGAAAUAAAAAGGCCCCGUCUCCUGCUUUAAAUAAGAGGCCCAGGUACUAAACAGGCCGUUUGCAACACUCUUUCUCGUUCCCGACAACGCAGUUUGUUGGUUUUCAGUCAGAUCUCUCGUCUUAUUUCAUCAGCAUGCCAAAAUUUCCUUUGAACGUUGACCUGCAAUUUUGGGGCAAUUGGAAAGCAAAAUGCAGAAUCCAGUUUGGGGAAAAUUCAUUGAUUCUUGAGCUGGAUUUUUUUACAUGGAGAUAUAAAUGGCUAUUUUCUUUCUCUCAUUUUUUUUAGAUUUACACAUGUACAUAGGAAAACUUGUGUAUUGAUAAAUUGUAAGUAGUUUUACAAAAUGGCCUUAAUUUACUAUUUAUGUAUAUACAUAGCAGGUGUAUGAUUGUGCAUGUAUAUGUGUGCACAUAGUCACACACAUAGACAUCCACGCAAACAGACAAAACCUGAUCUGAAUGCAAUUUAAUUUGAAAUAGCCAAGCAUCAGGGACCAUUUGCUUUUAACAGAUAUUAUUUCAGUUUUCCCUUGUUAGGCUGGGGGAAGCUGGAAAUAAAUGUUAAAAAAAUAAUUUAAAAAAAUGUAGAACAAGGAAGAAAUUGAAGACUUAAACAGCCAACCUAAGCUGUAUUGUGAAUCUGAUUUUUCUGGCUGAGGUAGUAAUUAUGGGCCCGAUGGUUAUCUCUUUUACGCACCUUACUUUCUGUUGCUUUAUAAAAUGGAAAACUUCCCUCCCUCCCUUCAAUUCUUGAGUAAAAUCUGCAUUAAAGAUUAAGGAGGUGGGGGAAGAGAAAAAUAAUAAAUAAAUGCACUAGAGCUCCAAGUUAUGGGAUCUGCAAUUUGCCAAAACUGAUGCGAGGUGGGAGGAAGGCAAAGAAAUCUUGUUAUUUGUAGGGCUUAGAAACCCCAAAGCUGCAUUCUAUCUUUUCGGGUUCUGCUUUGUGUUUUUGUUGUAUGAAAAAAAAAAAAAGGAUUGUCUGGGGAAAUAAGCCUUUUUUAUGGUUGUUGAUGUCUGCAUGAAUGGUGAAGAAUCUGUCAAAAAAGUGGUGCCUGUUGUUUAGGUAGAGAACUAAGAUUUUAAUUUAAAAAAACCAGAUACGUCUUAACUGUGAGCUUAAUUUGGAGCUGGAUUUGACUCCACAUUGGUCCUAGUUAUGAAGCGGUCCUUCUUUAUUUUCAUUCCUUAAAAUCUGAUUUCAUCCCACCCCCCCACCCCACCCCCCAAAAAGUUAGGGUAGUAUUGACAAUUCUCUGCCCCUUCCUUUCAUUUUAGCCUCAUGAUCAGCACAAGAGAGAACCUCGGCCAAGAGAAAAUUACUGGCCCAAGACCUCUAAGUAAGUUUGGGGGCGAAAAGGAGCUCCUGUAUUUCCAGUUGGAGUCAGAUCCUAAAAUCCAGAGGGAGGAAGCCAGAGGCUCUCUGGAUGUUUUUCCUGUCCAUUUCCAAUAG